CUCCUCCAAAACCCCUCCCCCAAAAACUAAACUAACAACAACAAUAAUAAUAAUAAUAAUAAUCAAAUAUUUCACUCUGUUCGGAAGGAGGAACUUUGCAUUACUGCGGUCGAAACCGCACGGACUGUUUUGUUCGAUACACGAGAGAGCUGUUAGAACCACCUCCAGCUGUGCGUGUCUUUAAUCUUCAUCAAAAAUAAGGUCCACAAUAACGUGGGCAGUUGAGGCUUUAUCUUCAGCCGCUAUGCAUUGAAAUAGAGUUUUAAUCAUGCUAAGUGUUCAACACAGUGGCACGGUAUUAUUGUGUAACAGCAACUUUGUUUAGGUCGUUCACUGGGAACAAGCUGACACCAAAACGACUGAUUGCAACUGUAGGCCUUCAAGGAUGACCCAAACAGACAGCAAAGUCCUGAUUCUGGGCGCCUUGGCUGGAGUGGCUGGCAUUGGUUUGGCUGUGGCAUGUUACCAGGGCUAUAGGAUGAGACGGCGAGCCUCAUUGCCAGCGCGCUACCUAUGCACUAAUAAUGAACUUAGUCCGAGAAUGAUGUUAAUGAGUCCCGGUCUACCUGGGGAUCAGAUAGAGGUGUUGGACCGCCUUGAGGCCCUACUUCAGUGUGUAUCAGAGUUGAAGGAUGAGAUGAAGGCAUUGAAGAAUGCCUUGCCGAUGCGGCAUGGUCAAGUUGGCGAAGAGCUUGACGGAUGUGAUAGGACGGAGGCGCAUCGACCUGCUUCUCUUCAUAGGACCACACCAACACGAAGGAAAAGGGCUGGAGUAAGCGUCGCUGGGGCCAUAGCGGGGGGGCGAAGCUCUGAAGAAGCAGAGAGUGAGGGAGGGUAUAUAACUGCACUGACUGACUCAGAUGAAGAGGAGCAAAGCGAUGAUGAACAGUGGGAUGAAAGGCAGAAGACAAGAGACAAGUUACCUUGCUUACUUGAGAGGAUAGACUCUUUGCAUCAGGGCACAGACUCUGACAAAAGAGAAAGUCUACACAUCUUAACAGCACUACGAGAGGAGUUUGGGCAGAACUCAACAUUUCUUUGGCGUCUAAUCAGAGCUUAUUGUGACGUUCAUGACAUCAGCACCACGCUUGAAGAAAAGAAGAAUCAUGCAGAAACUGGAAAAAAGGUUGGUGAGGAUGCAGUGGCACUGAAUCCUACAUGUGCUGAAAGUCACCAGUGGUAUGCCAUCAUGUGUGGAAUUAUGGCCGAAUAUGACACAGUGCAGAACAAAAUCAAGAAUGGCUACAUCUUUAAGGAUCAUCUGGAUAAGGCCAUCGAACUGAAGCCUCAAGACCCCCUGUCCUACUACCUGCUUGGACGCUGGUGCUAUGCUGUGGCCCAGUUGUCUUGGCUUGAGAGGAAAGUUGCUACUGCAUUGUUUGGAGAACCCCCCACUGCCACGGUUGAAGAUGCACUAAAGAAUUUUCUCAAGGUUGAAGACAUCCAUCCAGGAUAUUCCAAACUCAAUUAUGUUUUUCUUGCUAAGUGUUACAGAGACGUAGGGUACAGGAAGAAGGCGAGGGAGAUGUGUGAAAUGGCAGCGUCAAUCCAGUCGGUUUCAAAAGAGGAUGAAGAAGCACAGAAGGAGCUGGACCUUCUUUGCCCAGAACUUGGUGUGUUAGAACCUGAAGAUCAAUUGGAUCUGUAGCUUCAACUGCUACAGGCAACAUGUGUGUGCAAUGAGUGCACUGAGACCACAAGAGUUCUCUCAGUGAGAGGCAAGUUUGUGGAAUUGCAACAUCACUGGGAGCAAAUUGAGUGACAGAGUCACUACUGGUUCAUGUGAAGAGGAACAUGAUGAUCGAGAGGAAUAUUGCUUUAUUGUUAUGGUUGAUGUGGCUGGGCCCUUGCUGCAUACGUGGAGUCACCCCUAUAUUUCAAAUAAUAAUUCACUCCUUCACAGUAUGUGUGAAUUAUUCACUUUCCGUAGGAAAGUGAGCCUUGUUGUGGAACUUGUUGCUAUUAACUGUUCCGUCCUGUUUGUGAACAACAUCAACAACAAAAGGCUCAAUUACAUAACCAAAACAGUCAGUGACUACUUGUUCUCCUGUCCUUUUUGAUAAGGCUCCCAUCAUUUUGGGCGUAUCUGACUAAGGGACAUAUUCUCCUCAUCAUCUGUCUUUUUAUGAUUACUAAUAUUAUUUUAGCACCUGAGUUCCACACUUUCCAGGUACACACAUUCUACUGUAAUGACUUCUGGCCCACCCACCGUGAGUAAGUGGCACGUGUGUACACAACCACUAAAGAGGUGUGACUCAUUUAAGUCAGAGCCCAGCUGUAAAUCCUGGAGCGAGGAGACAUUUGGAAAAGAUCAUAUAUAUUAUAUAUCAUAUUGUCUUGAGAGUGUUGGCAAACGUAAUCAUUAGGGCUGCGCGAUUAUCGCCAAAACAAUAGUCAUGAUAAUUUUGAUCCACAUUGUCGUCACAAUUAUUAAUCAUGAUUGUUAGGGAAAGUUAUUUUUAUUACACUACUUUUCAACAAAGAAUAUGUAACAUUUUUCAAUGCAAUAUUAAUCUGUAAAUAAGAGUAAAUGAUGUAAAAAAAUGCACCACUAAAUGUCCUACUUUACCAAGAGGUGAUAAAUGUGCUGUUACAAAGUGCAAUCUCAAAUUGAAAAACCCUGUCGUCAAUAGACUGAGUUUUCAAGGACAGUUGUGUCAGUUGUGAUUCCCCUUUCUACUUACUUUCGCCACGCAUUAUUCUUUUCUUCCAUUGCCUCUCUGCCAACAUACUCAAAAGGGCAACUUCAAAAUAAAUGUGUCAUAUAUUACAACAUUUGACAUCAAUGUCAUUUUCGGCUUUUAUUCUGAAGUUGAUCCUGGAGUGCGGUGUUGCCGCUCUAUAAAGCAUUGACCAUACGUUCGCCCUCCCGUUGGCUGGCCAAUUAAGUUCUGGGUGUUGCUGCAAAUGCACUUUUCAUGUGUAGCAGUGGUUGCAUUUUAAAUGGGAAAAAAAUUGUCUGCACACCAGUGAACAAAGCAAGGGCCAUAAAGGCAUGGAUGAGAAUAUUUGGUUUGGAUGAAUGUGACUAGCGUUAGGAGUCCCAUAGCUCAGUGGUAAGAGCAUUGGUUUGGUAAACCAGGGGUUGUGAGUUCAUUUCUCACUGGGGCCCCCACUCCCCAUCAGGGUUUGCAAGGGCAUCUGGUGUAAAAACUGUGCCAAACAAUUAUGAGUGUUCAUCUGAGAUGAUGUGCUGUGGUGACCCUGAACGGGACAAGCCAAAAGAAAGUUUAUUUUUUAUUUUUUUUUUUAAUUAAUGAAUUUGACUAGCAUGCACUGAGUCCUCCCCUCAAACUGAUUAAACACCUUUGGGUUGAUUUUGAACAGACAAUGAGCCAGGCCUUCUUGUCCAACAUCAGUGCGUGUCCUCAUGAAUAUAUUCCUGGUAAAAUGGGCAAAAAUUCCCAUCAACUCAUUCCCAAACCUUUUUGAAAGGCUUCCCAAAAGUUGAAGCUGUUUUCUAACUGGACAUUGGAGGUCCAAUAUAGGAACUUGGGUGAGUCAGCUGUUGUUUAUCAGCAGUGCCCUGCAACCAGGUUGUGCCACAGACCAUCACUGAAGCGAAUUUUAUGACCGAAUAGUUUCAAAAUGUAACUCAUUAUCGUCCCAUUACAGUAACUGUAGUUGAUGUGAGCGGCACUUCUCCAACUCCAAGCCGCAGCAGUAGAAACUGAAAAGUUCCUUGCUGGUGAUGAAAGUUCCACGCAUGGUGGCAAAAUCUUACACCAACUUAUGUAGUAUGUCGACCUUAAGUCAUCUGCCUAACCUGGUAGGGACACGUAACAGCCACAGGGCACUCGGUGAGUGUAUAUAGGCCAGAUGUGUCUUAUACCGUCAGCACAAGUCACAACUCAGUAUGGUGGUAGUCACCGUACUUCAUUGAAUCAAAAAUGUGCAAAUUGAUUUUGCACAUUCACGGGCCACUAGACCUCCAACAAUCUCAAGUGUGUAAGAAGAAAUGUGCUUAAGUCCUCAGUAGAAUGUGCGAAGGGCCAGAUUUGACACAGAACGCCCUCAAAUCAGGGUUGGUCUGGUUGUGGUUAAAAAAAUGAGACAAUGAAAAAUAUGUUUCAAAACUUUUUCCAAUAACCUGUACAGCACCAUUUUAUAAAAUUGAUGGAUGGAUAUAUCUUUUUGGAAAAAGGAAGUAAAAAUAUAGUGAGACAAAUGUGGUUGCACAAGUUUACACGCCCUCUUAUAACCGAAAAAGUGGCUGUUUUCAUUCACAUUCAAACUCAAUGUAAAAUGGGGAUCAGAACAAACCUUACACCAUUUCAAUUGCCCCCAAUCAACCUCAAUUAAAUUUCAAAUGUUUAGAUUUCCUCACCUUUUUUAAGAACAGCAUACCUACAGUCAAGCGUGGUGACAGCAUCAGGCACUGGAAAUAAAUAAAAGAUAAGGUGGUUGAAGAGAAAAGGGGCUCCCACUAAUUACAACUGCAGUGCCACGAAAAAGGUAUUGGCCCCCCUUUUCAAAUUCAUAUAUAUAUUUGCAUUGUUUCUCCAGUUAAUGUUAAAAAUCAUCAAACAAAUGUAAAUAUCAAAUUUAACACAUCCAUCCAUUUUCUGAGCCCCUUAUCCUCACAGGGUCGCUGGAUUCCUGGAGCAUAUCCCAGCAGUCAUCGGGGAGGAGGCGGGGUGAACUGGUUGCCAACAAUUAAGUCAUGAUACAACGGGGGGGAGGGUUAAGUAAUUACUGUACUCUUUUACACAUGAACAGGUAACUGGAUAGCUUUUUCUUUUGUUGUUUUUCAUUAAUAUCAAUCAAUGAAAUCCUUGAAAUACUGCAUUUUAAGAUUACUUGGAUUAUAUUUAUUUACGUUUGUUUGAUGAUCUUUAACAAAUUGGGGAAACUCAUCCAUUCAUCCAUUUCAAGAGCCGCUUAUCCUCACAAGGGCCGCGGGAGUGCUGGAGCCUAACCCAGCCACCUUCAGGCGAGAGGCAGGAUAGACCCUGAACUCAUUGACAGCAGGGCACAUGUAAAGAAACGAUUUGCACUCACAUUCACACCUAUGGACAAUUUUAUAGUCUUCACUUAAUCUGCCAUGGAUGUUUUUGGGAUGUGGGAGCAAACCGGAAAAGCAGGCAAAAACCCACACAGACACAGGUAAAAGCAAGCAAACUCCACACACGCGGUGACAGCAUUUGAAUCCCGGUCCUCAACCAUGAGGCCACGUGGGUGUCUAAUGGAAAAAUAUAAUUUUUCACAGUAUUGUACAUUCAUGGUGAGCUCUAUUUGUAUUUAUUUGUUUUUUAUUUAUUUCUAUGCCAAGCUGUCCACCAAACUGCUUUACUGUGCCGAAAAAUAUCAAUGAUGCCAUCAAUUACUAAACUUUGAUUCUAUUUUCAUCACAUUAUAGUUGAGUAUGAAAAAUCUUAAAUCUCUCAACGCUACAACAGUGGUGUGUAGAUUUUUUUUAACAUCCACUGUAUAUUUAAUCACAGACAUGGAUUAAGACUUCACAUUUUUAAUUUAUAUUUUUAAUUUGGAAUUGGUUAAAUUUUCAACAAAUACAUCAACAAAUAAUAGUGACAAGAAAAAAAACUCAAGCACUCAAUAAACCACAACAGUGCCUCAAUUAAAAGCUCUUUUUUUUCAUGUAUUUAUUUAAUGCAGACCUAAACAUUCAUUCAGAAAGUGGUUUCAUAGUGUAUUUUUAUUGGGUGUGCUGUUAAAUAGAGCCAUUUAAGAGCAGGUUUUGUAAUAUUUUGUGCAUGUAGCAGAAACUUUGAAUAUGUGACUCAUAAAAUACUGAAUGUAAUUUUGGAUGAAGAACAUUAAUAUAUAAUGGUUGGGGAUUUGAUUUUACCACUGUUGUAUACAUUCUCCUUUGCUUUAAAGACCAUGCGAGAUGUAGACCCGAUGUAGGUUUGGCAAGUAUUUUUCAUUCUUUUUACGUCUUUUGAAUCAUUUUACAUGUGAUUUUAUGUAAAAUAUAUAUAUUCUAUUUUCCACAAGUACAGUCCCCUCCAAAAAGAAGAGAAUGGCAAGGUCAAUUCCUGUUUUUCUUGUAUAAUGAAGACAUUUGGGUUUUUCUUAAUCAAAAGAUGAAGAUGAGACAAAAGUUCAGAAUUCCAGCUUUUUUGUCUUAGCCUCUUCAUAUCUAGUUUUGUUAAACUUUUGUUUGAAGUCACCCACAGUCCACUAUUGGAAGAAGACUUGGAGGGAAGAAAUGCAUGCCAUACACCAUGCAAACCACUCAGCAGCAAAAAUAAUUGGAAAACUUGACUGGAUUUUGCAAAGUACGGAGAUUUGCCACCAAAGUUUUAUCGACUGAUGAAACGGAGACUAACGUCUACCAAAGUAAAGGAAAACCCAAAGUAUGAAAAAAGAAAUGAUCUGCUUAUGAUCCAAAACCAUGGUGGAGGUAAUUUCAUGGCUUCAGCUUCCAUGGCUGCUUCUGGAACGUGCUCACCAGUCUAAUUUAUGAUGUAACUCAUGAUGCUACCAGCAGAAUAAAUUCUGAAGUCAACAAAACCAUUUCAUCGGGCAUUUUACAAAAACGCAUCCAAACUAACCAGGAGAAGCUUCAUCGUGCAACAAGACAAUGACCCAAAACAUCCUGCCAACACAACAAAGGACUUCUUCGGGGGGGAAAAAGUGAAAGGUCUUAGACAGGCCAAAUCAAUCACUGGACCUUAACCCAAUGGAACAUGCAUUUUAUCUCCUGAAUAGGAUGCUGAAGGGAUAACCCCCCCAGAAACAAGAAUCUGAAAGAGGCUCCAGUAACGGCCUGGAAAAGCUAAAAAAAAAGAAUUCAAUAGUCUGGUUAAGUUCAUGGGUUGCAGGCUUUUAAUGCAGUUAUUGCAAGCCACUAAAUAUUAAACGUUAUUCUCUUUAAGUCGAUUUAACGAUGACUGUUCCAAUACAUUUGCUCAUUCCGAAAGUGGGCGACUUCAAACAAAAGUUGUCCGGUCCUGAGUUGUUUUACACCUGAACAUGUAAAUACAAUGAAAUAAAAGUUGGAGUUAUGAGUUAUGAACGGAAAUGAAUAGAUCUUGCUGUUCCAAUAGUUUUGGAGGGGACUGUUUACUGGCAAGGUGAUCUGGCAUGUACGUGAUUUUGCUCUGCUGAACUCUUGAAGCAAUUGUGAUAGUUGUAUGGAAGAUAUACUGUACCCACUCUUUGACUUGUGUGCAUGGACUCAUGGAUGGUACUAAAAUCAAUAUUAAAUCUGCAAAACAGAUCUCAGUA